CCGCCCUACAAGUGUCAGCAUCCUCUGGGAUAUCACCUUCAUAAAGAACUGGGACGCUGGCACUGUUAAAGAAUCAGUCACGUCUCAUCUCGUCUGUAGGAAAAAGCCCCUUCAGUCUGAGUCAGUCGGUCCGCUCUGACCUGUUGUGCUGGACAUUUAGGAUGACCCAUCAGUUUCCUCCCCUCACCACUGAGCAAAAGAAGGAGCUCCAUGAGAUAGCUCUGCGCAUAGUGUCACCAGGGAAAGGCAUCCUAGCUGCAGACGAGUCCAUAGGCAGCAUGGGGAAGCGUUUGAACCAGAUAGGGGUAGAGAACAACGAGGAGAACCGCCGUCUCUACCGCCAGGUGCUCUUCACUGCUGAUGACCGCAUUGAUAAUUGCAUCGGUGGAGUGAUCUUCUUCCACGAAACACUCUACCAGAACUCUGAUGAUGGCGUCCCGUUCGUCAAGAUGAUAAAGGACAAGGGCAUCACUAUCGGAAUCAAGGUUGAUAAAGGUGUAGUCCCCUUGCCAGGGACUAAUGGAGAAACCACUACACAAGGUCUGGAUGGGCUCUCAGAACGCUGUGCUCAGUAUAAAAAGGACGGAGCUGACUUUGCGAAGUGGCGUUGUGUGAUGAAAAUCAGUAACACCACCCCAUCAAACCUGUGCAUUAAAGAAAAUGCUACAGUCCUUGCUCGCUAUGCUAGUAUUUGUCAGCAGCAUGGGAUUGUACCCAUAGUGGAACCUGAGAUCCUACCUGAUGGAGACCACGACUUGAAGCGUUGCCAGUUCGUUACAGAGAGGGUGCUUGCAGAAGUCUACAAAGCCAUGUUUGAUCAUCAUGUGUAUCUGGAAGGCACACUACUCAAGCCCAACAUGGUGACCCCUGGACACAGCUGCCCAACCAAAUACAGUGCAGAGGAGGUUGCAAUGGCAACAGUCACUGCUCUGCGGCGUACUGUCCCGCCCGCAGUCACAGGGGUGACCUUUCUCUCAGGAGGUCAAAGUGAGGAGGAGGCCUCCAUUAACCUAAAUGCCAUCAAUAACUGUCCACUUGUGAAACCCUGGGCUCUCACCUUCUCAUUCGGCCGAGCUCUGCAGGCCUCAGCUCUGAAGACCUGGCGUGGACAGAGAGAGAACGAAGCCGCCGCAACCGAGGAAUUCAUCAAACGAGCAGAGAUCAACUGUCUGGCCUCUCAAGGGAAGUACACGGUUUGUGGUGACAGCAGCGGAGCCACUGGUCUUUCCCAUUACCUUUCCAGCUACGCAUAUUGAAAUGCCGCUGAUUCCCGUAAUCCAGCAUUAGCUGAAAGCUAGCAGAUUUCACUGCCACCUCCAUAUAAAACACUCAAACAUAGGUAGAUUAUUUACUCCUAAAUGUGAUGUUGAUAUACAGUAAAACCGCACAUGAAAGUGAUUGCUAAGUAAGUUUCUGAGGAUGUGGGAUUUUGUGGUGUCCUCUGCUUGUCUUAAAAAACAUUGUAAAAUUAUAGCUAUUGUUGCCAAGAUAAUUCUUUAGGAAAGUAAUGGAGUAUUAAUAAAGUUACAGUUGACUGUGUUAUGUUGAUCCUUAUCACUUACUGUCAACAUUUAAGAGUUUCUUAGGAUAGAUAAGGAUCUAUAUGCUUCUGUAAUCUACCCUUUUGUCAUCUGAAGCUUUAAUAAAGGCUUUGUUCUGAUGAAUAAUAACAGCAUGGAUUACAAGUUUAUGAGUAUCUGAUGAUUCUGAAUUUGUCUGGCUUUAUGCAUUAGGCUAUUGACAAAACAAAAGUGAAACUAAAUUACUGACAAACUGAAAAUGCUGCAAUAAAAUUAAGAUAGAA